CCUCACCCAGACUGGCACACCCACCCAGCCGUCACCGAGUGGAGUCAUGUGGGCCUUCUGGGCUUCCUGGUCCUUCAGCUCCGCCUCGCGUCGAUCUGGCCGGACAGGGGGAAACACUUCUCACUUAAAGAACAAAAGCAGCGACGGGACCGACCGAAGGGGGAGGAAUCAACGGCGCUUCGGUUUCAUCCCAAUAAUCUCCUGGACUGGAUGUUUGUGUUUCUGACGAGAUUUAACCGGCGAUUGAACUCCUACAACGGGCGACAAACUUGGUCGCCUUUGAAUCCUGACCGUAAUCCGUCGAUGUGCCUGAUAAAUAAGACAAGGGUCAAACAAAUAGAUGGACGGCAUUGUUUCCUCGGUGCUUCUUUAAAACUUCGGCCGCGAACAGGCAGGUGGUGGGGAGCACGUUCCUGAGUUUCUUUAGUCGUCGUGUCGUCAGUCGGACAGUGAAGAUAAAGGGAAAUUUAGUCAAUUUGGGUUUCCGCAGUUGUAUCAUUGCUGGUGAAGGGGCCACGCUCAUUUUUCAAGACUGAGAACUUGGAAGUGGAACAAAGCCUGACUAGGAAGGGAGGUGGAACAUAUUUGAUCGCUCAGAUGGCCUCAUACAUUGAGUAUAAUGGCAGUGACGAACUAAUCAUGGACAUAGAUGACCCAAUUGAAAUUAGAGUAACAGAGAUAGACUGUGAAGAAAAGGUUGAAGCGAAACGGUCUUCAAAGAAGCUGCACCGCUCUGUCAACUUGGCCAAAAGCAAUGCAAGUAAUGUGACUAGUUUCACCACUAAUAACAACUCGGUCGUGUGCCUGCCUCUCGUCUCAGAGGGACUCAAACUGGUGUGGACACAGUCUGAUCAGACCAGAGAACUUGAUUCAAUCCCAAAACUGGUCCAAGCUUUUAACUUAUUUCCAUACCCAUCAUCCAAGGAGGUUAGUGCACUGGCCCGGGCAUGUUCCUUGCCGCUAGACAAAGUCAAGGUGUGGUUUAUGGUGCAGAGAAUUAAAUAUGGCAUUAGCUGGUCCUCUGAGGAAAUUGAGGAGACAAGAAAGAAGCUAGCAGUGCCUGGACUUUGUGAUGACUCCACAGAAAUAAGUGAAGCUGAACUAAAGAGUAAAAGUAAAGGUAUAGAUGAAUUUGUAAUUGAUGAUAAGGAUAGUGAAGAAGAGGUGGUUGCUGUCACUAUCCUUGCUCCCGAAGCAAAGAAGCCCAAGAAUCAGUCCCCAGAUUCAUACAAAUCCACUGCCCCUUGUUUCAGUUCCACUCUUCCACCUCCACAGGAUUCAUACUUCUACCAUCCACCAACAGACACUUCAGCAAGCGCAGCAGCCGAUGUCUCCCUUGACCUAUCAGAGUCUUCUUCACGACAGAAUCGCCACGGACGUUAUAAAAAAUCCAAAGCUCAGCUUGCAGCUCUGCGGAAAAGCUUUCUGAGAGAGAAUUGGCCAGCAGAGACGGAACUGAGACGUCUGCAGGACGAAACCGGGCUGAGCCGCAACGACAUUCGUAAAUGGUUCAGUGACAGCCGCUACCAGUUGAGAGUUGGUCGAGGAAGUCUGGCGGCGGCUCAGAGCUAUUCUAACAAAACUGCUGCUGAGAGUAAACCUGACCAGCAACCUCAACCUCUCUCACUUACUAACCCAAAAUCUCGUCAGGUAAAUGGGGUGAAAACUCAAGAGGUAACACGCAACAGUGGAAUUAGAAAUUCACAUUUUUUCCAGACUUUUUUGUCGAACAGCCUAGAAGCUUUUGGGGAAAGGGUACAUGAGACACAAAGUCACGAAGUGAAGGAGGAGCUUUCUGGAGAUGGAGACACUUUCAAAGACGAGGAACAAGAUGAUGAACAACCUUUACAGUUGACCAAGAACUGCAAGAAUGAACCAGAAGUUGUGGAAAUAAAACUGUCUCCCUGUCGUUCGCCCUCUGUCAGUCCACCACCUGCCACCUCACCCACUAAACCACCUUCACCCAAAUUCCACACAUCAAGGAAGUCCGUACAUUCAGCCAGAACCAGCCCCUUACAGGCGCCCGCGUGUGUGUCAGGAGCGUCAACAUCUACAUCUCCUGCCCUCACUCCUGCAGGACGACCAAGGAAGACCAAGGAGCAGUUGGAUGUGUUAAAGCAACACUUCUUGGGGUGCCAGUGGCCCACAAGUGAAGAAUACACUGAACUUGUUAAGCUUACAGGCUUACCCCGAGCAGAUGUUAUCCAGUGGUUUGGGGACACACGGUACGCUGUCAAAAAUGGACAACUGCGUUGGGUUAAGGGCGUGCGUGAUCAGUUCUUAGAACUGGCUGCUCAGCAAGGUAGCAGUGGUUUGGCAAAUGGAAAUGGUGCGUUCCCUCGUGGAGGGGGUGGCCGCAAACGAAAAUCCGGUAGAGCGAGUACAGAUUCUCCUGAUCUUCAGCCAUUGGUAACGUAUUACCUUACAACAGGCUCACUACAUGAAAAAGAUCUUGACAUACUAUGCAAGAAAUCUCGAAUGAGCUACCAGCAAGUCCGAGACUGGUUUGCAGCUCAGGAAGUUGGAGAGCCUGACCAAGAACAUGUAUAAAGACACAAAGUGGGGUGCUUUAACCAUCCUCUGUGGUUUUUGUUGCUUUAACUGAGGCAGGUAUAUGAAAUCCAGUCUUCCUGAAACAGCCCAAAGUGAGCUUUAUGUAUUUUUAUAUAUGUGUGUGGAUGCUGCAUUUCUUGCUUGUCCUAAUAUAUUAGACUUGAUUUAUAUUUGUACUGCCUAUCUUUUUUGUAAAUGGGACAGUAACCUGUACACUGGUUUGAUAUAUUUUUGAACUAAUUUUUUUAGUUACCUCUACAGUCGUUUUCUCAUCUUAUUUGUAGCAGCAUAAUUUAAGCUCUUUGUACUGUUGGUAGCAGCUAAUUUACUGCUCCGGGAGUAAAGAAAAGAAAAAAAGUCUAAAAUGACAAACUCACUGACUGGUAAAUUUGUGUAUUCAUUCCUUUUCCAGAUGAUCUCUCAUGAAAAAGCACACUGGGCAUGUUCUCUUUAAGUUAACAUCUUGCACUUUGGUUACAGAGCCUGCUGCCGUUACAUUAUUUAAAUUCAUUCAUUUCACAAAGUUUGAAUUCAUUAUUGAUAGCUUGCACUGGAAUCAAAUAUGCUUUAAAAACUGCAUAAAAAGACAUUUCAACUUUUCUAAUAUCCUUUAAAUCACGCUGUUGUGAUAUUGUACUUAUUUCAAUAGUUUGCUUGUUUAAUUUUCAACAAUGAAGUGGUUAAACAGACACUACCACAUUGUGAUGGUGACCUAUACAGUCUCUGAUCCAGUAAGUAUUAUGAUUUUGUUUUUGACAGGCGGUGUAACCUGAAGGUUUAUCAUGUAGAUUAACUCAGCGGGCAAAAAUGUUGUAUAAAUAAAAAAGUUCAAAUCCAAA